AUGACAAGUUUCUACAGGCACCUCGAAGGCAAUUGUAGGAGGUUUUCAUGGAAUUUAAUUCAGAAUCUUUAUGAAGUAUCUAACUUACUUUGGUGCAUAAUGGGAGAUUUUAAUGAACUUCUGUUAACAGAAGAGAAAAAAGGGAGUGUGGAAAUGCCAAAUUGGUUAAUCAGGGGUUUGAGACAAGUCGUUCAAGAUACAGAUUUGUUGGAUGUCUCUAUGGAGGGGUAUCCUUUUAAGUGGUUCAAGAACCUUGGAACAGAUAGAGUCGUCAAAGAAAAGAUAGAUAGAGCUAUGACUAACAGUGAUUGGUGUAUGUUAUUUUCAGAAGCAAAGGUAAAAUGCUUAACGACUACUACUUCAGAUCACUAUCCUAUAUUGCUUUGUUGUGAGACAAGUUCGAUGCUUCAUAAGCCUACUAAAAGGUUUAGAUUUGAGAAUGCUUGGUUAAUUGAGUUGGAUUUCCAGGACUUCGUUAUUGAAAAAUGGCACAAAAAUGAGAUGGAUGGUAUUGUGGGUAAAUUGGAAUUGUGUUGUGAAAAUAUGAUGAAGUGGAGCAAAUAUAAUUGCCACCAGAUUAGAAAGGAAAUUGAGAAUAUUAGUAGGAAUAUUGAAAGAGUUCGACAUCAUGUGGGAGAAGGAAAUAUUAAUUAUUUUCUAACUCUCAAAAGGUGUAUGAACUCUCUGUUAGUAAAAGAAGACAUGUUUUGGAAUCAAAGAGAAAAAGUUCACUGGUUUAAGGACGGAGAUCUCAGUGCUCGAUUCUUUCAUAUUUCAGCUACUGCUAGGAAGAAAGUCAAUAUUAUUCUUUAUCUUACUAAAGAUAAUGGGGGAAGUGAGUACUUCAAACAAAGGGAUGUAUCAAAUUCCUCUUGA